AUGAGUUCAGAGGAAAUCAAAUCAUAUUGUAAUCCGGAAUUAGGUCCAUUACCAACGAAAUAUACGCCUCCAUCAGGUGGGAUAUUGGAAUUAUUCUCAUUAAAAGGAAAAGUAGCAUCAGUUACCGGAUCUUCAUCGGGUAUCGGUGCCGAAAUUGCGGAAGGAUACGCUCAAGCGGGAUCUAAUGUAGCUCUAUGGUACCAUCUGCAUCCAGCCCAAGACAAAGCCAAGUACUUGGAAGAAAAAUAUGGAGUUAAAGCAAAAGCUUAUAAGGCAGAUAUCAGUGAUGCAGAUGAUGUGAAAAGAGUAGUAGCAGAAAUUAGAAAAGAUUUUGGUAAAAUUGAUAUUUUUGUCGCAAAUGCAGGAAUUCCAUGGACUUUUGGACCAUUAAUUGAUGAAUCAGAUUUAACAAAAUGGAAAAAGAUUAUAGAUACUGAUUUAAAUUCUGUAUUUUAUUGUGCUCAUGCUAUUGGACCACAUUUUAGAGAUCAAGGGUUUGGAGUUUUAAUCAAUACUGCUUCAAUGUCAGGUACUAUUGUAAAUGUUCCUCAAGCUCAAGCUGCUUACAAUGCAGCAAAAGCAGCUGUCAAACAUUUAACUAAAUCAUUAGCUGUUGAAUGGGCUCCAUUUGCUAGGGUUAAUUCCGUUUCUCCAGGAUAUAUUGCAACCCACUUGACUGAAUUUGCUGAUAAAGAUUUACAAAAAAUAUGGGUUCAGUUAACUCCACUAGGUAGGGAGGCGAACCCCAAAGAGCUCUGUGGUGCAUAUCUACUCCUCGCGUCGGAUGCUUCUAGUUACAUUACUGGUGCAGACAUCCCAGUGGACGGUGGAUAUACAGCUAUUUAA